AUGGUUGGAGAUGGAUUUGACUGUUAUCACAGCUAUGCAGGCCUGGGUUAUUCGGCAAUAUUGGCAAACGAUGACAAUUACCUUGGAUCCCUGAGAGUUUGGUUAAGCCCUGUGGUGCAGAGCCAGUCCUCUUACUGGAAGUUCUGCUGGAGAGCAUCAGUGGAUGGUUGGGCUGCCUCUACCUUCCACUCAUUGUGUGACAGCAAAGGGCCAACAGUGACCAUUGUCCGUGUGGGAAAAUACAUAUUUGGUGGAUACAACAGCUUAUCAUGGACUUCUAGAUGUGUAUGGCAGUACACUUCGAGCGCCUUUUUGUUCUCAUUGGUUAACAAGCCAAGCUGGGGACCAGUGAAACUGACCCAACAAGGGCAGUAUAGUUAUCAGAAGAAAUAUUCCAUAUACAGUUGUUCUAGCCAUGGACCCUCAUUUGGUGGAGGACACGAUAUUUACAUUUCCGACUACGCCUCAUCCAACUCAAAUUCUUACUCAAACCUUGGAGACACCUACAGUCCACCUUCUGGCCACAGUUAUAGAAGCUCCUUCGCCCGAUCAUUCCUGGCAGGAAGUUACAACUUUCAACCUGAUGAGGUUGAAGUGUUUUACGAAACUACUUAACACAGACCUGUUGAAUCAAAUGUC